AUGCAGUGGCUCGGGAGGCCCCCCCGGGGCGCGGUGGCCAGCUGCGCCGUCGCCGCGGAGGCCCCGGUCCCAGCGGCCCUGGCGGCAGCGGCCACCCCAUCGCGGCAGGCGACGCUUGCCUUGCCAAAGGCCGCGCCAGGCGCUGCGGCGGCGGCUGCGGCGGCGGCGGCGUUGGCCGCUGCGCCAGCUGCUGCGCCAGUGGCGGCGGCGGCACCGGCUGCUGCGCUGGCUCCUUCGCCAGCGGCGGCCGCCAGCCCAGUCCAGGACGAGGCCUGGGUGCAGAUGAGGUCCUCCAACGGGCGGGUGUACUUCUGGAGCCGCCGGGAAAAGGCCAGCAAGUGGGAGCUGCCCCUGGGCACGUGCGCCGCAUGGACGAGCGCGACGUCCAGCGACGGGCGCACGUACUACUGGAACAAGCAGGGCAGGUCGGUAUGGAAGCUACCGCCCCUCCACAGCGAGGGCGGGGCCGAGCCAGCCACGUCGGCCGGCGCCUCGAGCAGUCUGGCGCCGCCGACGGGCCCCGCGGCGGGCGAGAGCUGCGAGGCCGAGGCCCUCCCCGGGCCUCCGGUGUCCGUGACGGACGUGGACCACCAGUUGGGGCCCUUCGCAGCGACGCUGCUCGCCAUCGACAAGGCCAACGAGGACGCGGCCGCGGGCGCUGCCGCAGGGGCCGGCGGCGCUGCCGUGGCCGUGCCGCGCGCCCCGGGCGCCCCCUGCCCGGAGGCGGCCGCGGAGCUGAGGCUCCAGCUGCGGGAGGUCACGGCCGACUCCGCCGAGCUGAAGGCGCAGGUGAGCGCUUUGAAGAGGACGGUCGCCAGGCUCACUGGGCGGCAGGCCGCCGACAGCAGUGACAGCAGCAGCGAGGAGAGCCAGGACGACGCCCCUCACGGCCUGCGCCGGGCGCGCGCUGCUGCGGCGCGCUCGGGCGACGGGCGGCGUCUCCGCCGACGCCGCCAGGGGGCGAGCGAGGCCUCCGCAGCGGAGUCGGAGGAGCACUCAAGCGGCAGUGACGGCGGCGCCUCGAGCCCGUGCUCGGGGAGGCUGCGGGGCGGGAGCGAGGCGCCGAGUGCUCGCUCGAGGGCGCCGUCGCCGCCGCGGCGCGAGCCCCUUAGCGACGCGGAGAGCGAGGUGCCAAGUGCCCGCUCGGCGGAGGCGCCCUCGCCGCCGCGGCGCGAGCCCCUCAGUGAGGCGGAGAGCGACGCGCCGAGUGCCCGCUCGGAGGCGCAGCCGCUGCGGCGGCGCGCGCGCCCCGGCGCAGAGGGCGCGGCUAUGGGAGCGCGCGCUGAGGCCAGCGACGCGGAGAGCGAACUCGAGCCGCUGCGGCUGCGCGCCACGGACAGCUGCUCGAGCGGCGCGGCGACCAGCGACGCGGAGAGCGAGCUCGAGCCGCUGCGGCGGCGCGCGCAGCUCGGCGGCUCUGGGGGCGCGGCGCCAGAGGCACGCAGCGAGACCAGCGACGCGGAGAGCGAGCUCGAGCCGCUGCGGCGGCGCGCGCAGCUCGGCGGCUCGAGGGACGUGCUGCCGAGUGCCAGUUCCGAGGCUCGGCCGCCGCCCAGAGGUGAGGAGGGGCAGGCGCCGAGGCGCCGCGCUGAGGCGCAGCGGCCGCCACCGCUGCGCGCGCCGCACCGCGACGCGGAGAGCGGGCCAUCGAGCGCUCGCUCCGAGGCGCCGAUAGAGCCCGUCGGCCUGGCCAUGCGCACGCCCCUGGCCGCUGCCCAGGCGGCGCCUGCGCCGCAGGGCUGCCUGCCAGCCCCCAGCGCGCCCUCCGACGAGGAGUGGUUCCCCGCGGGCGGCACCGACAGCGAGGCGCCCAGCCCGGGCCGGGCGCCUGCGUCGCCAGGGCGCUGGCGGUGGCGGCGGGACCCGCCAGUGCAGCAGGACAGCUUCUGGGGCGGCGCGGCGCGGGAGUCCGCGGGCGAGGAGCCCGUGGGCGCCGCGGCGCCCCUGCCGCUGCAGCGCAGGCGGCCUGCGGGGGGCGGGCGCCUGGCGGCCCGGCUCACCCCGGCGGCGAGGGCGCCCAGCGGGCCGCAGGCGCCCGAGAGCGUGUGGUCCGCCGCGCGGGGCGGCGCCGCGGCUGGCGCGGUGCUCGAGCCGCUCGCGGGCGGCCCUCGCGGGAGCGGCCGCGAGGCUGCCCGCACCGCCUCGCCCGCCGCGACGGUGUUCGAGGUGGGGCAGGAUGCGGAGGCCCUUCUGGAGAAGUUCAUGGUGCGGGCGAGGUACGGGGUGCCCCCCGGAGAGUUCGCCGCAGUGGGCCCGCCGAAGCACGGCGCCGGCAGCGCCGCGGCGGCGCUGCCCGCCAAGCGCCGGCGGCUGGGUGGCGCGUGAGCGAGGGGGAUGUGGUGGCGAGAGGGGCCAAGGCGGAGCGCUCUGCACCCCCCCUCCUGCUCGUGUAGGCCGUGCUCCAGUUGGCCUGCGACCCCGUCGCGCGUGCGCUCGCGCGGCGGCCUUCUCCAAUUCGUAGUUUUUUAUCUCCGGUCUGCAUGCGCCCUCGGCUCGGGGCGCUUCUACACACUGCCGCGUCGCAGACGCGGCUGGCGUCAGGCCUUCGCAAGAGUGCUGGUCUCGCACUUCCGCCUCCGCUUGCCCUCGCUUGCGUGCUUUCGCGCCGCGCUGGUCCCAACCGCCGCUGGUGUGUACAGGAAAAUGACUCUCCAAUUCGGUGGCAGAGAAUUCAUGCUUGAGCACCGCCGCCAAUGCUGCUGAUGCACCAGUUUCGAGCGCGUGCUCACAAUCGGGCGCGUCCAGCGCGCGGCCCUGACGCAACCGUCGAACAUCGUCGAACUCGCAGUCAUGACCCAGGCGCUGCUGCUCCGCUCACGUGGGGGCUUCUAUGAUUUAAGCUUCAGCACCCCACGCUUGCGAGGGCCGCUGUUAGGCAGGGGUACAUUGUCUGAACGGCCCUCUCUGAGCCGUCCCUAAAAAUCGC